AGAGGCACUGUGGCGGGUCCCUGCCCAGUGUUCCUCCAGACACUGAGGGGGUCGCAUUCCUUCCCUCACUUUUGUCCCUGCGCGGGCUGCGGCUGGGAUCCGGUCUUUCCAGCCCCGAGAGGGACCUGGUUCCUCUAUCCAGGCUUCUGUCACUCUGUCACCUACGCUAUGCCCUGCUGUAGUCACAGGAGGUGUAGAGAGGACCCCGGGACAUCUGAAAGCCAGGAAAUGAUGUUUCAGGACCCCGUGGCCUUUGAUGAUGUGGCUGUGAACUUCACCCAGGAGGAGUGGGCUUUGCUGGAUAUUUCCCAGAGGAAACUCUACAGGGAAGUGAUGCUGGAAACUUUCAGGAACCUGACCUCUAUAGGAAAAAGUUGGAAAGACCAGAACAUUGAAUAUGAGUACCAAAACCCCAGGAGAAACUUCAGGAGUCUCAUAGAAGAAAAAGUCAAUGAAAUUAAAGAAGACAGUCAUUGUGGAGAAACUUUUACCCCGGUUCCAGAUGACAGACUGAACUUCCAGGAGAAGAAAGCUUCUCCUGAAGUAAAAUCAUGUGAAAGCUUUGUGUGUGGAGAAGUUGGCCUAGGUAACUCAUCUUUUAAUAUGAACAUCAGAGGUGACACUGGACACAAGGCCUAUGAGUAUCAGGAAUAUGGACCGAAGCCAUGUAAGUGUCAACAACCUAAAAAAGCCUUCAGAUACCGCCCCUCCUUUAGAACACAAGAAAGGAAUCACACUGGAGAGAAACCCAAUGCUUGUAAAGUAUGUGGAAAAACCUUUAUUUCCCAUUCAAGCAUUCAAAGACACAUGGUAAUGCACAGUGGGGAUGGACCUUAUAAAUGUAAAUUUUGUGGGAAAGCCUUCCAUUGUCUUAGUUUAUAUCUUAUCCAUGAAAGAACUCACACUGGAGAGAAACCAUAUGAAUGUAAACAAUGUGGUAAAUCCUUUAGUUAUUCUGCUACCCUUCGAAUACACGAAAGAACUCACACUGGAGAAAAGCCUUAUGAAUGUCAGGAAUGUGGGAAACUAUUUCAUAGUCCCAGAUGCUAUCGUAGACAUGAAAGGAUUCACACGGGAGAGAAGGCUUAUCAAUGUAAGGAAUGUGGAAAAGCAUUCACGUGUCCCCAGUAUGUUCGUAUACAUGAAAGGAUCCACUCUAGGAAAAAACCCUAUGAAUGUAAGCAGUGUGGGAAAGCAUUAUCCUCUCUUACAAGUUUUCAAACACACAUAAGAAUGCACUCUGGAGAAAGACCUUAUGAAUGUAAGAUAUGUGGGAAAGGCUUUUGUUCUGCCAAUUCAUUUCAAAGACAUGAAAAAACUCACAGUGGAGAGAAACCCUAUAAAUGCAAGCAAUGUGGUAAAGCCUUCAUUCAUUCCAGUUCCCUUCGUUAUCAUGAAAGGAUUCACACUGGAGAGAAACCCUAUGAGUGUAAGCAAUGUGGGAAGGCCUUCAGAUCUUCCUCACACCUUCAAUUGCAUGGUAGGACUCACACUGGAGAGAAGCCCUAUGAAUGUCAGGAAUGUGGGAAAGCCUUCAGAUCUAUGAAGAACCUUCAAAGUCAUGAAAGGACACAAACACACAUAAGAAUACACUCUGGAGAAAGACCUUAUAAAUGUAAGCUAUGUGGGAAAGGCUUUUAUUGUCCCAAAUCAUUGCAAAGACAUGAAAAAACUCACACUGGAGAGAAACUCUAUGAAUGCAAGCAAUGUGGUGAAGCCUUCAGUAGUUCCAGUUCCUUUCGAUACCAUGAAAGGACUCACACUGGAGAGAAACCCUAUAAAUGCAAGCAAUGUGGGAAAGCCUUCAGAGCUGCUUCAGUCCUUCGAAUGCAUGGUAGGACUCACCCUGAAGAUAAACCCUAUGAGUGUAAGCAAUGAGGGAAAGACUUCAGAUCUGCCUCACACCUUUGAAUGCAUGGUAGGACACACAAUCAAGAGAAACCAUGAAUGUAAAGAAUGUGGGAAACCCUUCAGGUCUGCCCAGAACCUUCGAAUUCAGUAAAGGACACAAGCACACAUAAGAAUGCACUCUGGAUAGCUGAACAAAAGGCAGCAGAAACUUCUGCAGACUUAAAUAUCCCUGUCUGACAGCUUUGAAGAGAGUAGCAGUUCACCCAGCAUGGAGUUUGAGAUCUAAGAAUGGACAGUCUGCCUCCUCAAGUGGGUCCCUGAUCUCCAAGUAGCCUAACUGGGAGGCACUUCCCAGUAGGGGCCAACUGACACCUCAUACGGCUGUGUGCCCCUCUGUGGCGAAGCUUCCAGAGGAAGGAUCAGGCAGCAACAUUUGCCGUUCUGCAAUGUUUGCUGUUCUGCAGCCCCUGCUGGUGAUACCCAGGCAAACAGGGUCUGGAGUGGACCUCAAGCAAAAUCCAACAGACUUCAGCUGAGGGUCCUGACUGUUAGAAGGAAAACUAACAAACAGAAAGGACAACCACACCAAAACCCAUCUGUACAUCACCAUCAUCAAAGACCAAAAGUAGAUAAAACCACAAAGAUGGGGAGAAACCAGAGCAGAAAAGCUGAAAAUUCUAAACAUCAGAGCGCCUCUUCUCCUCCAAAGGAACGCAGCUCCUCGCCAGCAAUGGAACAAAGCUGGACUUUGACUUUGACGAGCUGAGAGAAGAAGGCUUCAGAUGAUCGGUAAUAACAAACUUCUCCAAGCUAAAGGAGGAUGUUCGAACCCAUCACAAAGAAGCUAAAAACCUUGAAAAAAGAUUAGACAAAAUGACUAACUAGAAUAAACAGUGUAGAGGAGACCUUAAAUGACCCGAUGGAGCUGAAAACCAUGGCACGAGAACUAUGUGAUGCAUGCACAAGCUUCAGUAGCUGAUUCGAUCAAGUGGAAGAAGGGGUAUCAGUAAUUGAAGAUCAAAUGAAUGAAAUGAAGUGAGAAGAGAAGUUUAGAGAAAAAAGAGUAAAAAGAAAUGAAAAAGCCUCCAAGAAAUAUGGGACUAUGUGAAAAGACCAAAUCUAUGUCUGAUUGGUGUACCUGAAAGUGACAGGGAUGGAACCAAGUUGGGAAACACUCUUCAGGAUAUUAUCCAGGAGAACUUCCCCAACCUAGCAAGGCAGACCAACAUUCAAAUUCAGGAAAUACAGAGAACGCCACAAAGAUACUCCUCGAGAGGAGCAACUCCAAGACACAUAAUUGUCAGAUUCACCAAAGUUGAAAUGAAGGAAAAAAUGUUAAGGGCAGCCAGAGAGAAAGGUCGGGUUACCCACAAAGGCAAGCCCGUCAGACUAACAGCGGAUCUCUCGGCAGAAACUCUACAAGCUAAAAGAGAGUGGGGGCCAAUAUUCAACAUUCUUUAAGAAAAGAAUUUUCAACCCAGAAUUUCAUAUCCAGCCAUACUAAGCUUCAUAAGUGAAGGAGAAAUAAAAUCCUUUACAGAUUCAAAUGCUGAGAGAUUUUGUCACCACCAGGCCUGCCCUAAAAUAGCUCCUGAAGGAAGCGCUAAACAUGGAAAGGAACAACCGGUAGCAGCCACUGCAAAAACAUGCCAAAUUGUAAAGACCAUCGAGGCUAGGAAGAAACUGCAUCAACUAACGAGCAAAAUAACCAGUUAACAUCAUAAUGACUGGAUCAAAUUCACACAUAACAAUAUUAACCUUCAAUGUAAAUGGGCUAAUGCUCCAAUUAAAAGACACAGACUGGCAAAUUGGAUAAAGAAUCAAGACCCAUCAGUGUGCUGUAUUCAGGAGACCCAUCUCACGUGCAGAGACAUACACAGGCUCAAAAUAAAGGGAUGGAGGAAGAUCUACCAAGCAAAUGGAAAACAAACAAAAAAAGCAGGGGUUGCAAUCCUAGUCUCUGAUAAAACAGACUUUAAACCAACAAAGAUCAAAAGAGACAAGGCCAUUACAUAAUGGUAAAGGGAUCAAUUCAACAAGAAGAGCUAACUAUCCUAAAUAUUUAUGCACCCAAUACAGGAGCACUAAGAUUCAUAAAGCAAGUCCUUAGAGACCUACAAAGAGACUUAGACUCCCACACAAUAAUAAUGGGAGACUUUAACAUCCCACUGUCAGCAUUAGACAGAUCAAUGAGACAGAAAGUUAACAAGGAUAUACAGGAAUUGAACUCAGCUCUGCACCAAGAGGACCUAAUAGACAUCUACAGAACUCUCCACCCCAAAUCAACAGAAUAUACAUUCUUCUCAGCACCACAUCACACUUAUUCCAAAAUUGACCACAUAGUUGGAAGUAAAGCACUCCUCAGCAAAUGUAAAAGAACAGAAAUUAUAACGAACUAUCUCUCAGACCACAGAGCAAUCAAACUAGAACUCAGGAUUAAGAAACUCACUCUAAACCACUCAAAUACAUGGAAACUGAACAACCUGCUCCUGAAUGACUACUGAGUACAUAACAAAUGAAGGCAGAAAUAAAGAUGUUCUUUGAAACCAAUGAGAACAAAGACACAACAUACCAGAAUCUCUGGGACACAUUUAAAGCAGUUUGUAGAGGGAAAUUUAUAGCACUAAAUGCCCACAAGAGAAAGCAUGAAAGAUGUACAAUUGACACCCUAACAUCACAAUUAAAAGAACUAGGGAAGCAAGAGCAAACACAUUCAAAAGCUAGCAGAAGGCAAGAAAUAACUAAGAUCAGAGCAGAACUGAAGGAGACACAGACACAAAAAACCCUUCAAAAAAUCAGUGAAUCCAGGAGCUGUUUUUUUGAAAAGAUCAACAAAAUUGAUAGACUGCCAGCAAGACUAAUAAAGAAGAGAGAAGAAUCAAAUAGAUGCAAUAAAAAAUGAUAAAGGGGAUAUCACCACCAAUCCCACAGAAAUACAAACUACCAUCAGAGAGUACUAUAAAUACCUCUAUGGAAAUAAACUAGAAAAUCUAGAAGAAAUGGAUAAAUUCCUGGACACAUACACCCUCCCAAGACUAAACCAGGAAGAAGUUGAAUCCUUGAAUAGACCAAUAACAGGCUCUGAAAUUGAGGCAAUAAUUAAUAGACUACCAACCAAAAAAAGUCAAGGACCAGAUGGAUUCACAGCUGAAUUCUACCAGAGGUACAAAGAGGAGCUGGUACCAUUUCUUCUGAAACUAUUCCAAUCAAUAGAAAAAGAGGGAAUCCUCCCUAACUCAUUUUAUGAGGCCAGCGACAUCCUGAUACCAAAGCCUGGCAGAGACACAACAAAAAGAAUUUUAGACCAAUAUACCUGAUGAACAUCGAUGCAAAAAUCCUCGGUAAAAUAGUGGCAAACCGAAUCCAGCAGCACAUCAAAAAGCUUAUCCACCACGAUCAAGUUGGCUUCAUCCCUGGGAUGCAAGGCUGAUUCAACAUAUGCAAAGCAAUAAACGUAAUCCAUCAUAUAAACAGAACCAAAGACAAAAACCACAAGAUUAUCUGCAUAGAUGCAGAAAAGGCCUUUGACAAAAUUCCACAGCCCUUUAUGCUAAAAACUCUCUAUAAACUGGGUAUUGAUGGGAUGUAUCUCAAAAUAAUAAGAGCUAUUUAUGGCAAACCUACAGUCAAUAUCAUAUACUGAAUGGGCAAAAACUGGAAUCAUUCCCUUUGAAAACUGGCAUAAGACAGGGAUGCCCUCUCUCACCACUCCUAUUCAACAUAGUGUUGGAAGUUCUGGCCAGGGCAAUCAGUAAGGACAAAGAAAUAAAGGGUAUUCAAGUAGGAAAAGAGGAAGUCAAAUUGUCCCUGUUUGCACAUGACAUGAUUGUAUAUUUAGAAAACCCUAUCAUCUCAGCCCAAAAUCUCCUUAAGCUGAUAAGCAACUUCAGCAAAGUCUCAGGAUACAAAAUCAAUGUGCAAAAAUCACAAGCAUUCCUAUACACCAAUAACAGACAAACAGAGAGCCAAAUCAUGAGUGAACUCCCAUUCACAAUUGCUUCAAAGAGAAUAAAAUACCUAGGAAUCCAACUUACAAGGGAUGUGAAGGACCUCUUCAAAGAGAACUACAAACCACUGCUCAACGAAAUCAAAGAGGACACAAACAAAUGGAAGAACAUUCCAUUCUCGUGGAUAGGAAGAAUCAGUAUCAUGAAAAUGGCCAUACUGCCCAAGGUAAUUUGUAGAUUCCAUGCCAUCCCCAUCAAGCUACCGAUGACUUUCUUCACAGAAUUGGAAAAAACUACUUUAAAGUUCAUAUGGAACCAAAAAAGAGCCCACAUUGCCAAGACAAUCCUAAGCCAAAAGAACAAAGCUCAAGGCAUUAGGCUACCUGACUUCAAACUAUACUACAAGGCUACAGUAACCAAAACAGCAUGGUACUGGUACCAAACAGAGAUAUAGACCAAUGGAACAGAACAGAGCCCUCAGAAAUAAUACCACACAUCUACAACCAUCUGAUCUUUGACAAACCUGAUAAAAACAAGAAAUGGAGAAAGGAUUCCCUAUUUAAUACAUGGUGCUGGGAAAACUGGCUAGCCGUAUGUAGAAAGCUGAAACUGGAUCCAUUCCUUACACCUUAUACAAAAAUUAAAUUCCAGAUGGAUUAAAGACUUAAAUGUUAGACCUAAAACCAUAAAAACCCUAGAAGAAAACCUAGGCAGCAACAUUCAGGACAUAGGCAUGGGCAAGGACUUCAUGAUUAAAACACCAAAAGCAAUGGCAACAAAUGCCAAAAUUGACAAAUGGGAUCUAAUUAAACUAAGGAGCUUCUGCACAGCAAAAGAAACUACCAUCAGAGUGAACAGGCAACCUACAGAAUGGGAGAAAAUUUUUACAAUCUACCCAUCUGACAAAGGGCUAAUAUCCAGAAUCUACAAAGAACUUAAACAAAUUUACAAGAAAAAAUCAAACAACCCCAUCAAAAAGUGGGCAAAGGAUAUGAACAGACACUUCUCAAAAGAAGACAUUUAUGCAGCCAACAGACACAUGAAAAAAUGCUCAUCAUCACUGGCCAUCAGAGAAAUGCAAAUCAAAACCACAAUGAGAUACCAUCUCACACCAGUUAGAAUGGCAAUCAUUAAAAAGUCAGGAAACAACAGGUGCUGGAGAGGAUGUGGAGAAAUAGGAACACUUUUACACUGUUGGUGGGACUGUAAACUAGUUCAACCAUUGUGGAAGUCAGUGUGGUGAUUCCUCAAGAAUCUAGACCUAGAAAUACCAUUUGACCCAGCCAUCCCAUUACUGGGUAUAUACCCAAAGGAUUAUAAAUCAUGCUGCUAUAAAGACACAUGCACACGUAUGUUUAUUGUGGCACUAUUCACAAUAGCAAAGACUUGGAACCAACCCAAAUGUCCAUCAAUGAUAGGCUAGAUUAAGAAAAUGUGGCACAUAUACACCAUGGAAUACUAUGCAGCCAUAAAAAAUGAUGAGUUCAUGUCCUUUGUAGGGACAUGGAUGAAGCUGGAAACCAUCAUUCUGAGCAAACUAUAACAAGGACAGAAAACCAACACUGCAUAUUCUCACUCAUAAGAGAGAAUCGAACAAUGAGAACACUUGGACACAGGAAGGGAAACAUCACACACCAGGGCCUGUCAUGGGGUAGGGGGAGGGGAGAGGGAUAGCAUUAGGAGAUAUACCUAAUAUGAAUGACAAGUUAAUGGGUGCAGCACACCAACAUGGCACGUGUAUACAUAUGUAACAAACCUGCACGUUGUGCACAUGUACCCUAAAACUUAAAGUAUAAUAAUAAUAAAAAAAAGAAUGCACUCUGUAGAAAGACCUUAUAAAUGUAAGAUAUGUGGGAAAGGCUUUUGUACUGCCAAGUCAUUUCAAAUACAUGAAAAAUCUUACACUGGAGAGAAACCCUAUGAGUGUAAGCAAUGUGGUAAAGCCUUUGUUUCUUUCACUUCCUUUCCAUAUCAUGAAAGGACUCAUACUGGAGAGAAACCCUAUGAGUGUAAGCAAUGUGGAAAAGCCUUCAGAUCUGCCUCACACCUUUGAAAACAUGGUAGGACUCACACUGGAGAGAAACCCUAUGAAUGUAAGCAAUGUGGGAAAGCCUUCAGAUCUGUCAAAAAUUUUCGAAUUCAUGAAAGGACACACACUGGAGAGAAACCCUGUGAAUGUAAGAAAUGUGGGAAAGCGUUCCAUAAUUUCUCUUCUUUGCAAAUACAUGAAAGGAUGCACAGAAGAGAGAAGCUCUGUGAAUGUAAGCAUUGUGGGAAAGCAUUCAUACCUGCCAAGAUCCUUUGAAUACAUGCAAGAACACACAACGGAGAGAAACCCUAUGAAUGUAAAGAAUGCAGAAAAGCAUUCAGCUUGCCUGCUUCCUUUCAUAGACAUGAAAAGACAUUGGAAGGAAACCCUACGAAGGCAAGCAAUGUGGCAAAGCUUUCACUUCUUCCAGUUCUUUUCAAUAUCAUGAAAGAAUUCACACUGGGGAGAAACCCUAUCAGUGUAAGCAAUGUGCGAAAGCCUUUAUUUCUUCCACUUCUUUUCAAUAUCGUGAAAGGACUCACAUGGGGGAGAAACCCUAUCAGUGUAAGCAAUGUGCGAAAGCCUUUAUUUCUUCCACUUCUUUUCAAUAUCAUGAAAGGACUCACAUGGGAGAGAAACCCUAUGAGUGUAUGCCAUGUGGGAAAGCCUUCAUUUUUCUAGUUGCUUUCGAUAUCAUGAAAGGACUCACACUGGAGAGAAGCCCUAUGAAUGUAAGCAAUGUGGGAAAGCCUUCAGAUCAGCCUCACACCUUCAAAUGUAUGGAAGGACUCACAAUGGAGAGAAACCCUAUGAAUGUAAGCAGUAUGGGAAAGCAUUCAGACCUGACAAGAUUCUUUGAAUACAGAUAAUGAAUGUAAACAAUUAACUGUUUAUAAUAACUGUAUACUAACAAAUGUUAUUUUUAAAUAAUUAGGAAGCUAUAAUAGUAAGGCCGGGUGCCGUGGCUCAUGCCUGUAAUCCCACCACUUUGGGAGGCCAAGGCAGAUCACGAGGUCAGGAGAUCGAGACCAUCCUGGCUAACAUGGUGAAACCCCAUCUCUACUAAAAAUACAAAAAAUUAGCCAGGCGUGGUGGUGGGUGCCUGUAGUCCCAGCUACUCGGCAGGCUGAGGCAGGAGAAUGGCGUGAAUCCAGGAGGCAGAGCUUGCAGUGAGCCAAGAUUGCGCCACUGCACUCCAGUCUGGGCAACAGAGUGAGACUCUGUUUCAGAAAAAAAAGCUAUAAUAAAAUAUCCCAUUGGUGUCAUGUAUUAGAUCAACCUUAUAUGUUAAAUUGUUAUUAUUUGUACAUUGUGAGUCAGUAUAACCAUGUGGAUAAAAUGCCAGGCAUCUUUUUUUUUGGAAAUUUUACUUUUCAUGCUUAUGUACUUAAAAUUUUAUCUCAACCCUAAUUUUUCUUAUCUUUUUUUUUUUCCAGAAAAAAAUCUCACUCUGUCACCCAGACUGGAGUGCAGUGGCAUGAUCUCAGGUUGCUGCAACCUCUGCCUCCAGGGUUCAAGCAAUUCUCCUGCUUCAGCCUCCUGAGUAGCUGGGACUACAGGCAUGCACCACCACGCCAGGCUAAUUUUUUGUAUUUUUUAGUAGAGACAGGGUUUCACCAUAUUGGCCAGGCUGGUCUUGAACUCCAGACCUCAUGAUUCGCCUGCCUCGGCCUCCCAAAAUGCUUGGAUUACAGAUAUGAGCCAUCAUGCCCAGCCGCAACCCUAAUUUUUCAUUCAGUCAUAAUACCAACAGUUAUCUCAUGUACCUCUGAGUGCCUUCUUCCCAAAAGCCAGCAGUACCAUACCUGCUGUCGGCAAGGGUGUAAUAUACCAUAGUGAUAAAUAUGACCAAAAGCCAUAAAUGACUGUGAGAUGUAUGAGAAUUACAAGUCACAUUAGUAAGAAGAGAAAAAUUUUGGUCAUGUUUAUGAUUUGAAAUAUGUUUUCCUCUAUCACAUUUAGAAAUAUAGUUACAAAAUGCCCUUGUUUUUGUCCUGAUUCAUCAUGGUCACUGAGGAGCAUCGUCUCAUAUGCCUGGUAUGUGACACGUGUCUUUCCAACAAUAAAAGACUUGGCAUUGGCUGGGCAUGGUGGCUCACGCCUGUAAUCCCAGCACUUUGGGAGGCCGAGGUCAGGAGUUAGAGACCAUUCUGACCAAUAUGAUCAAACCCCGUCUCUACUAAAAAUACAAAAAUUAGCGGGGUGUGGUGGCAUGCUCCUGUAAUCCUAGCUAUUCAGGAGGCUGACACAGGAGACUUGCUUGAAUAUAGGAGGCAGAGGUUGCAGUGAGCCGAGGUCACACCAUUCACUCCAGCCUGGGCAACAAGAGCGAAACUCCGUUUCAAAAAAAAAAAAAUGACUUGGCCUUGUGGUGAGGGGAGGUCAUCUGUAGACUCCUGGACCUGUUUUUGCCUUACUUAUUCUCUAAAGACUGAAAUAUUUCCUAAAAUAUAUGGGCACUGUUUACCAGAAAGUACCUUAGUUAAAACAUAAAGUCAUUUAUGCCUUAUAAAGCUAUAUUUUUUCAAAUUGCUUUACUGAGUCGUAGGAGGCUAAUAAAUUUGUGUAAAUUGUCUAAAUACAA